AGUGGCUCCCAGGCAAGGGCCCCAAGCAGCAGCAGCAGGCACUCGAGGCCUAGGCCUACCCUGCUCUGCCCUGGAGGUUGCAGAAUCAGGGGAAGAAGGAGGGACACACUGCCCAGGCACACCCACCAUGCGGCCCCUGUGGCUCCUCGCAUCCCUUCUGGCCCUGAGCCAGGCUCUGCCCUUUGAGCAGAAGGCCUUCUGGGACUUUACCUUGGACGACGGGCUGCCCAUGCUGAACGAUGAGGAGGCUUCGGGUGCUGAGACAACUUCAGGGGUCCCGGACCUGGACUCCCUCCCGCCCACCUUCAGCGCCAUGUGUCCCUUUGGCUGCCACUGCCACCUGCGGGUUGUUCAGUGCUCCGACCUGGGUCUGAAGGCUGUGCCCAAGGAGAUCUCACCCGACACGACGCUGCUGGACCUGCAGAACAAUGACAUCUCGGAGCUCCGCAGGGAUGACUUCAAAGGCCUCCAGCACCUUUAUGCUCUCGUCCUGGUGAACAACAAGAUCUCCAAGAUCCACGAGAAGGCCUUCAGCCCCCUGCGGAAGCUGCAGAAGCUCUAUAUCUCCAAGAACCACCUGGUGGAGAUCCCUCCUAACCUGCCCAGCUCCCUGGUGGAGCUCCGCAUCCAUGACAACCGCAUCCGCAAGGUGCCAAAGGGCGUGUUUAGCGGGCUGCGCAACAUGAACUGCAUCGAGAUGGGUGGGAACCCCCUGGAAAACAGUGGCUUUGAGCCUGGAGCCUUCGAUGGCCUGAAGCUCAACUACCUUCGCAUCUCUGAGGCCAAGCUCACCGGCAUCCCCAAAGACCUCCCCGAGACCCUGAAUGAACUCCAUCUGGACCACAACAAAAUCCAGGCCAUCGAGCUGGAGGAUCUGCUCCGUUACUCCAAGCUGUACAGGUUGGGCCUGGGCCACAACCAGAUCCGCAUGAUCGAGAACGGGAGCCUAAGCUUCCUGCCCACCCUGCGGGAGCUGCACUUGGACAAUAACAAGCUGUCCAGGGUGCCUUCUGGCCUUCCGGACCUCAAGCUCCUCCAGGAGAUGGCAGCCAGGCCCUUGGUGACCUUCAGGCCCUGCCAGAGUCGCCGGUCGGAGCUCUACUCUUGCCACUCCCCUCCCAAAGGAAUGGCCAAGGCCAAGGUCUUUCCUAAGUGCUUGGAGUGA